UUUUUGUAAAAAAAUAGUUUUCUAAGACGGUAGGAGCCAUUUUUUCGGGCAGUGACUCUGAAGAUAAAAGCAGGGAGCCAAUAAAACCGCAUAACAUGACUGCCGAGAUGGCCCGCUCGCUCGCUUUCGGAAGAGGCCGAGCCACCACUUCAACUCCGCAAAGCUGGCUGGCGGAUGUGGACCCGAUUGGCGUGGAUGACGCAGACUUUGCUUCUGUGGGCGGGCUUGAUGAGCACGUGUUUUCCUUAAAAGAAAUGAUAAUCCUUCCAUUGCUGUAUCCUGAUCUUCUCGAGAAGUUUUCUAUUAAACCGAUUCGCGGAGUUUUGUUUCACGGUCCUCCCGGCACUGGAAAAACGCUUGUAGCUCGCGCAUUGGCCCACGAGUGCUCUCGGAUUUCUGGGCAGAAGGUAGCUUUUUUCAUUAGAAAAGGCGCGGACUGCCUGUCGAAGUGGGUGGGCGAAAGCGAGCGGCAGCUGCACUUGCUCUUUGAACAAGCGCACCUCCUUCGGCCAUCGGUGGUCUUCUUUGACGAGCUUGAUGGUUUAGCGCCGGUUCGCUCAUCCAAGCAGGACCAAAUUCACAGCUCCAUUGUUUCGACACUCCUGGCACUGAUGGACGGGCUAGAAGACAGGGGGCAGGUUGUUGUCAUUGGCGCCACCAAUCGUCUUGAUGCCAUUGAUCCCGCCCUGCGCCGCCCUGGCCGCUUCGACCGCGAACUUCUUUUUUCCUUGCCCACGCUGAACCAGCGAAUGGAAAUUUUUAGAAUCCACACUCGCACGUGGGUACCUCCGUUAUCCCUAGCAUUAAUCCAAGAAGUCAUGGAACACUGCGAUGGCUACUCGGGGGCGGAUAUCCGGCAUCUCUGCACCGAAGCCGCCUUCGAUGCGCUUAGGGAAAAGUAUCCGCAGAUAUAUGAAAAACCUGUUCGUUUUCUGCUUGAUACCUCGGCUCUUCAGGUCUCGAAACAUAACUUUAUUAGAGCUGCACAGAAAAUAAAAGUUUCUUCGCAAAGGAACCAGAAAGUUUACUCGAAGGCUCUUCCGAAAUAUAUAGAACCGCUCUAUAAAGUUAUUAUUAUCAGUCUUUAUCUUUUUUUAUUUAAAUUAUAA